AUGGAAUUUUAUGAAAUAGUAAAAUCAAUAGGGUCUGGUUCAUUUGGAUAAGUGUAUUUGACUAGGAAUAAAAGAGAAGAUCGUCUUUAUGUGAUUAAGCGUAUAAAAAUAAGAGACAUGAGUUAGAAGGAUCGUGAAAAUACAGAAAAUGAAGUUAGAUUACUAUAGAAAUUGAGACAUCCGAAUAUUGUAGCUUAUAAGGAUUCAUAUUUGGAUAGAGAAUAAUACUUAAAUAUAGUGAUGAUUCAUUGUGAAGGUGGAGAUAUUUAUUAAAAAAUUCGAAAUAAGAAAAGUUUUGCUGAAUCUUAAAUAUUGGAUUGGUUUGCAUAAAUGACUUUGGCCUUAUGUUAUUUGCAUGAAUAGAAAAUCUUACAUCGUGAUUUAAAGACAUAAAAUAUAUUUUUAAAAAAUGGGAGAGUUAGAUUAGGUGAUUUUGGAAUAGCUAAAGUAUUAGAUUCGACACGCGAUUUGGCAAAUACUUGUAUAGGAACACCAUAUUAUAUGAGUCCAGAAUUAUUUAAAUAUAAACCUUAUUCAUAUAAGAGUGAUGUAUGGGCCCUUGGAUGUUGUUUAUAUGAAAUGUGUAAUCUGAGACAUGCUUUUGAUGCAUAAUCAAUGAAUGGAUUAGCUUUGAAAAUAUUAAAAGGAUCGUAUUCAUCUAUUAGUCCAUCUUAUUCUAAAGCAUUAAGGGAUCUAAUUAAUAAGAUGCUUAAUACAAAUCCUAAAGCUAGACCUACAAUCUAAGAAAUAGUUCAUAAACCAAUCAUCAAAUUAAGGAUUAUAUAUUAUAUGCUUGAAGUUUUUAGUGGUAUUAUUAUUAUUCAUAAUCAAUCUUCUUAGAACCUUAAUCAGCUGAUUUAGAUGAUAUGUAUGUCGAUACAUUAUAUGAAUAAGCUGAAUAAAUUGGUGUACUACCACUUAUUUAACACUAUCAAAAAUAAAUGGCUUAAGGUGCUACUAUUGCUGAUAUUAAAAAUGAAUUAGAAAAAGGGGGAAAAGCAGAAUAAAGAAUGCUUAUUUAAAUAUAAGAAUAAGAAGCACUUAAACUUAAAUAAUUAAAAAAAGAAUAAAUUGAAAAAAAAAAAUUAGAAGAAGAAAUUAAAAGAUUAGAAUAAAAAAAAUAAUAAAAAGUACCUAUUGUAAAUAAUAAUAAAUAUACUGAAUCUAAUUCAAAUACUAAAACUACCACAGAAAAUAUUACAAAUAAAUCAGAAAAUACAUAAAAAACAGAUAUUUAAUAAAAAUCAGAUUAUCAUAGAGUAAGUUAGAGAAAAGUAUCUUUAGAAAGAGAUAAAAGGCCAAAUGAAAUAAGAUAAAAAUAAAAAGAAAGAAGUUUAUCACUUGAAAAAGAUCGAUUGAGAGAUGAUAGUACAAUAAGUGCUAAAGAUAGAGUUAUUUAAAAAAAAUAAAAAAGAGAUGAAGAAAAAAUUAUUUAAGAAGAAAAAGAAAGAUAAUAAAUCUAUAAAGAAAGUUAUUAAAAUAGAAAAAUAGCUUAAGAACGAAAAUAAGCAUAAUAUCGUUAAUCAAAAGAUAGUUCAUUAAAAGUAUAAGAAGAAUAUGAUGAUUCAGAAGAUAGUGAAGGAGUUAUGGCAAUUUAAGAAAUUGAAAAUGAAGAAGAAUAUGAAGAAGAAGGAGAUGUUGAUCAAAAACUUGAUUUAAUGAAAACUAGACUUAAAGAUAAAACUUUAAAAAUAUAAGAAAUUAGUUAAUCUCUUUAAUAAAAUAGAUAAGUUUAAAAUAUGUAAAUCAAAGCAUUAGAAAGUAUAUUAUAUUUUAAUAAAAUAGCUGGAUAAGUGAUUCCUUUGGUUGAAGAAGAAUUAGAAAAUGAAGAUUAAGAAGAUGAAGAGUAAGGAGAUUUUGAUGAAUUAGAUUAAGAUGAAAUUAAACCUAUCAAUUCUAUUGUAGCUAGAAUUUAAGAUAGAAUUAAACUAUUAAGACAUAGAUGUGAAGGAGGAUUAGGUAGCAAUCUUGUAGAAAAAGCUUUAUUAUUAAUGAAAACUAAAUGUAUAAUGUUUAUAUCAUUUAGAACUCUCAUCAUAAGAUUUAAGAAAAUAAUUAAUCUAAUUAUUAGGAGAUGACAAUAUAGGUUAUUGGUAACUUUUUGAUUAAAUUUUAUAUAUGGAGGAUCUCCUCACAAAAUAUUGA